AUGACGAUGGUGUCGCUGGAAGUCGGGCCAGAAGCAACCCGCUUCCUCGUCCACGACAGCGUCCUGAGCCGUAGCGAGGUUCUCGCCACAAAGUCCUAUCCAUUGGCCUUCGUCAAGCAGUCCGUACUUCUCCCAGAGCUGGAUUUGAACACAGCGCACACUCUAGUGCACUACUUGUAUACCGGCAAGUACCAAAGCCUCAACACUCCGGCAUCAUCCGACAAAGUCAUACCCGAAGUCUACAAGCUCGGCGCGGGUGUAUACUGCGCUGCCGCUCGCUACAAGCUACCAGGUCUUGCUGAGCUAGCUCAAAACAAGCUCAAGUCUCUCGACGAGGAGAUGAGCAUCUUCGAUAUCCUUACCGUAGCGAGAGACCACGCGUUCCCUUUGCUACCGGAAGACGAUCUGUGGUAUCCGAGCUAUGUUGAACAGUCGCUCAACAAUGCGAUGGCGGACGAUCCAGAGCCUUUCCGAAAGCCGGACUUCAUUACGACGGUAGAGGGUAACAGCAGGCUUCUACAGCUCGUUUGGAAGACUGUGAUGAGCAACUACGCUCGAGCGCCUGCGACGCCAGUUGUCAGUAACGAAGAAGCUUCUACUCCGACAGCGGAGGUCGUGCCGGAGAUGUAUGAGUCGGUUGGUGUUGAAGACGCUGUCCCUACAAUCGCACCACCCAAGGUGGAAGACGUAAAAGAAGCGGCAACGAAACCGGUGUCAGAGACUGCUCCAAAGGAUAUCGUUGAUGAAGCACCAGUUGCAAACGACGCGAUCGAUUCGAAGCCCACUGAAGAAGUCGCUCCAAAGCUUGAAGAAGCCGAACCCGUAGAGAAGCCAGCAACACUCGAACCCUUCACGGACGAACUGGACUUCAAGUCCUCAAAAACGUACCAGCAGAUGGGUAACAGAAAGCCGGAACCAGUCAAUACAAGUGACAAAGUCCCAGAGACGAUCAAAGCACCCAUUCACGUGCGUUCAGACUCGGUGAUGCAGGUCGAGCAGCCCGUAGUCGCUUCCACUGAUGAGAAGACGAAGACCGAUGGUGUUGCGCAAGCGGAAGAAGGGACUGAGCGAGCAUUGGCCGAGCUGGAGGAAUUGAAAGCACCUGUAGCGCCAGAAAGUAAGAAGAGCAAGAAGAAGGCUAAGAGGGCAAAGUUGGCUGCUAUGGAGUAG